CCGGGCGGAUGAGGAAGUAGGCGAGAGGCAGGGCUGGCUCCCGCCGCGUCUGUGUGUGUGUCUCUCUCUCUCUCUGAGUGUUCCGGCUCCGGAUCUCGGCCGGGGAAGUCAGCGGAUGGCGUGACUCCCACUGAACCCCUUUCCCUAACUCGGGAUGGGAACCAGCAGCACCGGGCUGAACCCCCCAGCGGGGCUGGCGACGGAUCUCAGUCCGCCUCUGGAGGCGUGGAGCUGCGGCUACUGCGGGAAGGACUCGUUCUGUGCCCAGGGUCUCAUGGCUCACAAGCUGUCAGUCCACGAUUACCAGCUGCUGCUGAACAAAGGCUGGGUCAGGAGCGGGAAGUAUCUGUACAAAGCUGCUAUGCCCAUCACUUGCUGCCCCACCUACACAAUGAGGUGCCAUGUCUUGGACUUCCGGAUAUCCAGAUCACAGCGUCGAGUUCUGAAGAAGAUGCGGAAACAUUUAACACGAGUUGAUGCUAUUGUGAAAGAAACUGCUGGACUUAGCCCUGAAGAGGACACCACGUGCCAUAAAGAGGAACCAUCGCCGGGACCUGGGCAGGUUAAGCUGACCACUGGGCAGACACCCUGGACAUUCCCUGAGAGGUCUGAUGAAGACUGGUCAGAGGUGAACCAUGUAUCUGACCAGCGGAGUAUGAACAGCAGCCAGACGUGGUCUGUUGAAGAUACGACUUCACACAUCCACACCUGCCGCAAGACCAAGGAGAGUCGGAGAGAGCUGCUGAAGAGCCCCGAGAGGGGCCAGCAAGCGGAGCUGGAACCUGCGGAGUCUGAACUGGUGGGAUUGACGGAGCACAAGGUACCAGGUCAGGAACCAGCUCCUUCACAAGGUCCUCAGCCAUCCUUGUCACAAAUCUCCAUGAGUGCAGUGCACCCAUCUCCCAUCUCACAUCCACUCCAUUCCACGUCUGCACCCAGUCGUACUAGAUCACUAGAAGAGCUUUUAGAGGAGAGCACGCCAGCCACAGCGCAGCAUCAGCUGGAGGUGAAGUUGCUGAGACUUUCUCCACCCAGCCCUGAACUACAGGCCACCUUUGGUGAAUCAUACAAGGUCUACAAGCGCUACCAGAUGCACGUGCACAAAGACACAGAGCUGAUGGCCUCAGAGGCUGAGUACAGAAGGUUUUUCUGCAGUACUCCGCUCCUGGGGGAGGAUCCUGCUGAUGGCCCAGACACUGGCUAUGGCUCUUUCAUUGAACAGUUCCUGCUGGACGGGAAGAUUAUAGCUCUUGGAUUAUUGGACAUACUACCUGAAGGAAUUAACUCACAGUACUUGUGCUAUGAUCCAGAUUACUCCUCUCUCUCAUUGGGAGUCUACUCUGCUCUCAGGGAAAUAGCACUAACCCAAAGACUGAAUGAGAAGGUUCCAAGAAUGAAGUAUUAUUACUUGGGCCCUUAUGUGCAUUCAUGUGUUAAAGUAAAAUACAAGCUCCUGUACCAGCCAACAGAGCUGUUGUGCCCCGUGACUGGACACUGGGUGUCUGUGGAACAAUGCCUACCCAAGCUGGAGUUAAACAAGUUUGCCAAGCUUUACGAUGGGGAUGAGCCAGCUGCCGAUUCCAGCCUGUCCAGCGAAGGCCUUUGGUUUCUGCGGAAUUUCCGGGAAGCUCUGAGCCCCUCUUCCUCUGCCUCGGUUCAGACAGAGGAAGCCAUGCUGGUGGUAUCACAGGAGGACCUGGUCUCGAUACGCUCCUCUUCCCUCUCUUCCUGGUGGAAGCACUUUCCCUGCCUUGGGCGCUUGCUGAGGUGCUGCUGCUGCUGCUGUGGUAGCUGGUGCAGGAAGGAGGCGGAGAGUUGACCAUUUCAACUGAACUCCCAGGGUGCAAUGUAGGUGCUGACAUUGAAAAGCAGGUCCUGUCAGUGAGCCAGGAGAGAGAUGGGGAAAGCUACAAAGCUGGUACUGAUGCACUUUUAAUGAGAGGGAAUAAAAGGAAAGCAAAAAAAAGGCCUUAAACAGGCACAGAAACUUUCUAUGAAACCACAUUGAUUACAAAAACAUCACCAAUCUACAGCAUGGGCCAAGUCCUAGUUUAUUUGGUUUUUGACAGUCCAUUUAUAUUCUUCAUCCCAAGGCUGUGCAGUCUCUCAGAUGCACACAGAAUCUUCUAAUCAACAGUUGCAAUUCUGCCAGAGUUUUCAGAUGACGGGUAGUAAGGUGACAGAAGGUGUUGUUGAUCAGGAUAGUAGUUUAUACAGUAUUUGUAACAAUCUUAAACACAACUGGGUACUAACAGGGCUGAAAUUGAAUUCUGGCAACAGCACAAUGCAGAUGGUGGUGGGAAUGUGAGAUAGUUUUGCUAUUGGAAACACGAGAGACUGCAGAUACUAAAUUCUGGACAAAGUGCAAGAGGAACUCAGCAGAUCAGGCAGCAUCUGUGGAGGGAAAUGGACAGUCAACGUUUCAAGUCAAGAUUCUUCACCUGGACUGUUUUGCUAUUGCCUGCUUUACCCUAGUCACCACUAGGAAUUUCACCCUCAAUAUUUAUGGCUUAUACCAAACCAAGAAAAAUUUGAGUCAGAAUAUCUCUGGCAAAAAAUUUUGUGGCUAAUGUGCAUUUGACAAGCUGAAUACCUACAACAAUCGUCUGGUAGUGAGUUGUAGAGAGAACUUGGUCUGGUGAUACUUCUGUCUCAGAUAUGAACGACAACUUGUUCAAACUACAAAAUUUUGAUUACAUUUGGUGGUGAUUUUCUAAUGAAGAAUUGUAAUUAAUAGAGGAGAAGGGGGUGAUUUGAUGUUUAGGAUUCUUUAUAAAGGGAGUUAGUAGCAGGACUUUACUGCUCUGUUUUUUUGUACAAUAAUUGUGAAUUGGUUGGCCAUUGGCCAUUGGAAUUAAGAGUUCAGAUUCUGCUGUAUUCUGGAUAGCAUCCCAGUAGCAUUAUUGAAAAUUGUUUAGUAUAUAAAUCCCUGGAUAGAGUGCCAUGUGUAAUCUAAGAGCUGCAUUAGUAAUGACGCACAGCACUCAGUGAUAUGAUAGAUGCAGCUCACUCUGCCUUUGUUAUAAUUGUUAAUAUAAUUCAAUACUCAGGUGUUAGUUAACCAACAUCAUUGUAAAUCCAAAAAAGUGCCUGACGGGGAAUGUAUUUACAAGCAGUAAUGCGCCAAGGCCACUGGAUGGCAGCGGUGGACAUUUGCAGUUUCAUCCAGCAGCCAAAAAUCGAUAUUAAGACCAAAUACGUUUAAAAUAUUUUUGCUCAGAGGUUUGAGAAAAGCCACGAUUACCAGACUCCCAUUUCACCUUUUCCUUCACUGCAGUAUCUCCUUCGUCUGUAUGUAAUCCAUUUGGUCACAUUAAAUGUUGAUAUUGAUGUUUGUCCUGAGGUUUACAGAAGUUAACAUUCCUUGGACACUACCAAGAGCAACUCAGGAAAAUAAACAGGGAUAUUCAAACUGUUUAGUUUAAUGCUAUCGAAUACCUUAUUACUUAAAAAUGUUGCUUGUGAAUUAGCAAAUGACAGUUGAUUGAUUGACAGUAAAGAAUUACCCAGUCAGGUUAAGGAAAAAUCUGUUCACCUUCUCAUUGGUGUAGGAUGGUCAAAGGUAGUGGUGUCAUAAGAAUAGGUGUAACACACAUAAAAAGUGCUGGUGAACGCAGCAUCUAUAGGAAGAGGUACAGUUGACGUUUCGGGCCGAGACCCUUCGUCAGGGUGUGCCUGGAAACCAAUAGUAUGGAGGCACUGGGAAAUAGGUGCCUGCCUCAUGGGUCCAGGAAUAUAUCCAGAAUUUGUAAUUGUUGUGCCUUGUUGUGCUUCUAUGAGUUAUUUCUAUUUUGGAUACUGUACAUAACUCUGUGAUUAAAUCUAACACAAAUGUUCUUGUUGAAAACUCUAAGUAAAAGCCAGAAAGAUGUUGACCAUUGGUGAAUUAGGCAUUAAGUGUGGGCUUCAAAGGCAGAAAAAAUGUGGAGAAUUGGAUAACUGAGCUAGGGGAGUGAGAGGCGGCAGGAGUGAGUAAAUAUUUCAAGAGGUGACGACAAAGGCAGAAUCAGAGUACAGGAAGAGCCCAAAUUCAAUGGAUGAUUAUGUGGGGAAGAGGUGUGUCACAAUUAUACAUGAUCAGAGAGUGUUUUCAGUAGAAUGUUUUGCAUUUGAUAGAAAGAAGGGCACUGGAUAAAUCUACAUCUCUCUGUUUUGACCAUCAUGGAUACAAGAGGCUGAAUAGCUAUCUUCUCUGCAAUAAACGUUAUCUGAUUUUCAGAGACACAACUCCAAAGGAAAGAAGACAUAUUGAUGUAUGCAUAGUUAUGAUAAUCUAUGAGGAAAAUGCUAUUGAGUUUAUGAGCUAUUUUCUAGUGACAAGCAAUCUUUCUGAUCAGCUCCUAUGUUUCACUUAAGAUCUAAGGCUAAUGACAGGCAAGUACCACCUUAUUGACUGUUUAGUUUCUGAUAUUUAACUAUUAAAGGAAAAUUAUAACAUUUGGUAUUCUGUUAUUACCAAUAUAAUAAAAUAAAUAUUCUGACUUAAUUCCAGAUAGGUGGGUGAGCAUGUAGCCCCCCACCAUCCACCCUGUCAUUAAGAAGUGCCAAGUUCCCCCUUCAGAAUUUUAAUAGAAUUGCUUUAUGCAAGGUGCAUUGCCAUGGUUACGAGAACAAAGAGUCUGUAAGCUUUAAAAUUCCUUUAGUCUUGUGGGCGGAAUUGGCCUGAAUGGAGUGCAACAUUUCUCCAUGGAACUAUUUUAAUUUGUUGCAUUGUCUUUUAACUCAUUCAUGCAGUGGCAUUGCCUCUAUUAGCUUUAUAGUCCUGGUUUAGGGUAAUCAGUUAAUUGAAUUGGUGUGCUAUACCUGAUCAUGAGUUUAGAAACAGGAAAAUCACCCAGAGCUCCAUCUCCUGAUUGUAGUUGCUCAUGAAUAAUUCAGUCUCUAUCUCAGCUAUGCAAUUCACAUUCCGCAAUCCAGAGGACUGAAUAUCUUUUCUGGCCUUUGUCUGAUCUUGACCAGAAUACCAAACAUUUAUACAGCCAUUUCUUCUCUCUGAGAAAAAAAAUGAUGUAGUAACUGUUAAGUGCCGCAAACGUUCCAAUUUUGCAUCCUGAGGAUGUUAUACGACAGUUGUGAACAGAGUAAGUCAUUUAAUAAAGGAUAAACUUGAUGGGAAUUACCCCUUAAAGGGGCAAGCACAAACUCGCUCAUUCCAAAUGAAGCUCAGAGAUAAAUAUAGCCUGAACACAUCGCUUCGGGAUGCUGUCUCCAAUGUUUUAUUGACCAAUGAGUCAAGACUUUAGCAAUACAAUCUUUCUAAAUGGUAGUAGUUUAACCUUGUGUAAAAUAAAUGAAUAAAAUUGAUUGUGGUUAUAUUUUCUGCUGUUUGAAUAGUUCUUUUAUUUAUUGAUCAUUUAUUCUCAGUGUUAAAGUAAAGCUUCAGGGAUCUGGAGAAUUCAAAUGCUGCCAACUGGAAUUACCCAACACACACAAAAUGCUGGAGGAACUCAGCAGGCCAGGUAGCAUCUAUGGGAAAGAGUAAACAGUCAAUGUUUCAGGCUAAGGCCCUUCAUCAGGACUAGAAAAAGAGAUGAGAAGUCAGAGCAAGAAGUACAAGGUGAUAGGUGAAAUAGGGAGAGGGACAAUGACCGGAAGUUCGAGAAAUUGAUGUUCAUGCCAUCAGAUCAGAGGCUACCCAGCUAGAAUAUAAGGUGUUGUUCCUCCAACCUGAGUGUGGCCACUUCACGGAGGUAGAGGAAGCCGUGGACUGACAUAUGGGAAUGGGAAGUAGAAUUGAAAUGGGUGGCCACUAGGAGAUCCGGCUUUUUCUGGCAGAUGGAGCGUAGGUGUUUGGUGAAGCAGUCUUCCGAUCUACGUUGGGUCUCACCGAUCCAUAGGAGGCCACACCAGGGAGCACCAGAUACAGUAGAUGACCCCAGCAGACUCACAGUGUUGCCUCACCUGGAAGAACUGUUUGGGACCCUGAAUGGUAAUGAGGGAGGAGGUGUAGGGGCAGGUAUGGCAAUUGUUAUGCUUGCAAGAAUAAGUACCAGGAGGGAGAUCAGUGGGGAGGGAUGAAUGGAUGAGCGAUCCUGCAGAAAGUGGGGGAGAGGGAAAGAUAGGCCUAUUGGUGGCAUCCCAUUGGAGAUGGUGAAAGUUAAAGAGGAUUAUGUGCUGGACGCGGAUGCUAGUAGGGUGGUAGGUGAGGAUAAGGGGAACCCUCUGCCUGGUAUUGCGGCAGGAGGAUGGGGUGAGGGCAGACGUGCAAAAUGGAAGAGAUGCGGUGAGGGCAGUGUUGAUGGUGGAGGAAGGAAAGCCCCUUUCUUUGAAGAAGUAGGACAUCUCAUUAGUUCUGAAAUGAAAAGUCUCAUCUUGAAAGCGAUGCCGCGGAGUUGCAGGGUCUGAGAGAAAGGGGGUGGCAUUUUUUCAAAUGACACGGGCGGGAAGAGGUAUAGUCCAGGUAGCUGUGGGAAUCAUGAAAGAUACCAGUAGAUAAACUAUCUUCAGAGAUAGAGACAGGGAGAUUAAGAAAGGGGAGGAAGGUGUCAGAAUUGGACCAAAUAAAUUUGAGGGUAGGGUGGAAGUUGGAGGCAAAGUUGUUGAAGUUGACAAGCUCCACAUGAGUGCAGGAAGCAGUACCAAUGCAGUCAUUAAUAUAGUGUAGGAAAAGUUGGGGAGUGAUACCAGUGUAGGCUUGGAACAUAGACUGUUCCACGUAGCCGACAAACAGGCAGGCACAGCUGAGACCCACAUGAGUGCCCAUGGCUACACCUUUGGUUUGAAGGAAAUGGGAGGAGCCUAAGGAGAAAUUAUUGAGAGUGAGGAGCAGUUCCGCCAGAAGGAGGAGAGUGGAACAGGUUGGGUCUGUUUUCUAGAAAGAAGCAUGGAACUUUAAGGCCCUCCUGAUGGGAGAUGGGGGUGCAUAGGACUGGACAUCCAUGGUGAAAAUGAGACUAUCAGAGCCAGGGAACUUGAUGUCAUUGAAAAGAUCCAGAGAGUGUAAAGUGUCUGAAGUGAAGGACUGAACUAGGGGGGAGAAAACAAGAGUCGAGGUAUGCAAAUAUAAGUUCAGUGGGGCAGGAACAAGCAGAAAUGAUGGGUCUACCUGGACAGGCAGGUUUGUGGAUCUUGGGUAGGAGGUAGAAACGGGAGGUGCA